AUGAGUAAGAACUUCAUGUGCAUGGAGACAAAUCUUGAGUCUCAAUCUGAGUCUGCUCGGAAUACCGCAACUUCGUUACAUUCUAAAAUACAAAAUGCACAACAAUCCUACAAGACGUUACCGAAAUCCGAACCCACAUCAAACAAUCAACCGUCAGACACUUUGCCAGAAACCGAAGAAAUCAUAUUUCUUCGGCUUGAUCCGUAUCUUGAAGGCGAAGAACGCGAAAAGUAUAAAAACCUCGCCGCUCCAUCACUGUGGAAGUUUUAUCACAACGCAAAUGACUGUGAAAAUCUUUUACGAAGCGAAUGUCGAGGAAAACAUGUUUUUUUAAUAUCAUCUGGUCAACUCGGUCAACAACUCGUGCCGACUGUUCAUGAUCUACCACAGCUUACUGCUGUUUACAUCCAUUGUGGUGACAUUGACCGGCAUCAGAAAUGGAGUCGUAAUUUUAAAAAAGUGAAACUUGUUUGCUGGGAUGAUGGCAAAGAGUUAUUUUCUCACCUGUUCAAAGAUGUUAUACAACUGCACAUUGAUAUUGGAGAUAAAUAUAUGCGAGAAAAAAAGCGUCCAGAAGCAGUCGAUAGUUACAGUGAGGCAAUGCUGAAAUAUGAAGAAGUGCUCACAGAAAAAGAUCCAGAUUUUAAAUCGUUGGUUGACAAGUUGUUGAAAAAAAUGGCAUAA